AUCACAGGAAAUUUUAAUUUCAUCACAAUUUUAUUCUUUUUUUAACCACUUGACGCCUCCAGUACAAAAUGGAAAUAGCAGAUACUAUUAAAUUUCGUGAUAUAUGUUCUAUGUUAAAGAAAAUUAAGGAAUAUGAUAACAAAGAUAAAAAAGCAAAAAUUGUUAAACAAUAUUACGACUCAUUUUGUAAACAUCGAGAAAAAUUUCGUGAAGAACAAAAAUGGAAACCAGAAAUGGAUGAGGACGGCCGAAGUAGUUUUUAUUGUAUUUUAAGAUGUCUUAUACCUAAUGCCGAUAUGGCCCGUCCUCCCUAUGGCAUGCAAAUACCCACUUUAGGAAAGGUUUAUAUUAAGAUAUUGCAGCUGGGUUUGGAAUCGAGAGAUGCUGAAAUUUUAGAAGCUCGUAAUUUUAAUGGCUUUAGAGGAGAUUAUGCUGAAAGAGUCUAUCGAGUCUUAAAGCCCAGAUGUACCCAUCAACCCAGUAAUUUAACACUGAAACAAGUACAUGAUAUGUUGGAUUCUAUUGCAAAUGAGAAUCGUUUAAAUACCGAAAAAGUUCUAAUACAGCUCUCUGAAAUAGCUUCACCUGAAGAACAAAUGUGGUUCGUUCGUCUCUUAUUGAAAUCCAUGCACAUAGGUAUUGGAGAUCAACGUAUUUUUGGCAUACUACAUCCGCAAGCUAAAGCCUUCUUUCAAGUAUGUGCAAAUCUCUCGAAAUUAUGUUGCAAUAUAGCGGACAAUAAAUUUAAUAUGGCUAACCCAUCGCCUGCAACGUCAUCUAGUCUAGGAUCAUUAGAUUUACCCGUUAACAUACAACCCUUUGAGUAUAUUAGACCACAAUUGUGUGAAGUAUUUCCCGGCAAUAUAGAAAAUCUUAUGUCCAACGAUGUUUUAUACAUGGAAACUAAAAUGGAUGGUGAAAGAUUCCAGUUGCACUACCAGAAUGAUCGUUUCAAAUAUUUUUCCCGCAAUGGCAUUGAUUAUACGAAUAGUUUUGGUUCCUGCUACGAUGAGGACAAUAAAUUGACCACAAAACUUAAACACCUUUUACCCAUUGGUAUGAUUUCCGUAAUUUUGGAUGGUGAAAUGAUGGUGUGGAAUACCUAUCACAAUAAAUACCAUGAAAAGGGUGAAAAUACUGAUGUUAAAAAUUUAAAUAAUGCUCGAAAUUGCCAGCCUUGUUUUGUGGUCUAUGAUCUGUUGUUUUGGAAUGGCGAAUCAUUGUUGCAAAUGCCCUACAUACAAAGAAUGCAUAAAUUGAAAAAUUUGAUUAAGGAACAGGAGGGUGUUUUAAGGCUAAUGAAAAGUGUAAAAGUCACUUCAGCUGAAGAUUUUAAGGAGAAGUUUCAACAUGCCUUGGACCAACACGAAGAGGGUGUGGUGUUGAAGCAACAAAAGGCGGCUUAUUGUCCGGGUCGUCGGAAUGGUAGUGGGUGGUAUAAGGUUAAGGCAGAUUAUAUUGAAGGUCUAACAACUGAAUUCGAUCUCAUAGUAAUGGGUGCUUUUUUCAAUCGUACUCGCACAUUUGUCGAAUCCUUUCUAGUCGGUGUUCUCAAGUACAUUUCCCUUCAACAAUUUGAAGUGUAUUCCAUAGGCAAAGUCAGUAACAACACCACACAUCGAGUAGUGCUUAAUAACACUUUAAAACCACAUUGGCAUUUAGCUACUGAAGAGCCACCACCAAUAUGGUACCAUUACAGAGAAUCAAAUGCCGAAGGUCGUCCGGAAGCUUGGAUAGAACCAAGGAAUUCAGUUAUUCUACAGAUAAAAGCCACCGAUUUAAAUCCUUCGGGAGCUUUUGCUUUAUCAAUGGCUUUGCAUUUUCCACGUAUACAAGCCUGGCGAAAUGAUAAACUAUGGCAUGAAUGUUUGUCUUUGGAAGAGUAUAAUCAAAUAAAACAGAGUUCCGGUAGAGGUGCCAUAAAAAAGAUAGUGAAAAGAACCGUGAGUUUGGAAGAUUUUACGGGAGAACGUGUAAAACGUAAGAGAAUGACUGCGGCAGAAAAACGUAAUCUGGGUUUGCAGUCAUAUGCUAAAAAAUUUGAUCCCUCUAAUGUGGAACAAAUUUCAACACUCUUAAAUGACUUUAGUGUGUGUAUCCUAAGUGCAUCCCUAAGUAAUGGCUACACUCCGGAGUAUUUAAAAACGUUAGUGGUACAAAAUGGUGGUACUGUUGUAGACAAUCCCUUACCCAACAAUCCCGCUUGCAUUGUGGUAGCUGGCGAUAAAACUUAUCGUGUGCAAAUGCUUUGUAAGGCUGAGCAAUAUGAUAUUGUGUCUAUGGACUGGUUUUUGCGUAUUUGUGAAAAACAAAAAUUCAAAUUAAAACCACGCGAUAUGUUGGCCAUGACUGCUAACUUAAGAGAACGUUUUAGCGAAUUCUGUGAUAAAUGGGGAGAUCAUUACACCGAAUUUGUUUCAUCCAAGGAACUAAAACGUAUAUGUGAUCACAUAAAGGACGAAAAUGUACCUGAUAUAGAAGAUGAGCAAUUGUUGGAAUUGGAAAAUUUAAUUCACAAAAAACUUAAUCGGAAUUGGUUCCGUAACAAAUACGCUUAUUUCUAUACAUUCGAUCCGGAAUCGGAGAGAGCAAAACUGAGUUAUCAAUGGCAUGGUGGUAACGUUUUAAAUGAUAGAAAUUUAAACGAUGAUUCUGAUUGUUAUAGUAAAACAAGUUAUAUUUUUAUAAAUCUAUUGCAAUUUGAUAAAGCAGCAUUUUUGGACUGGCUAAAGAAGAGAUUUUCCGAUAAUCUGUCGCAUUUGGAAAUAAUUAAUAUGCAGUGGAUUUUUGAAUCACAUAAGGCAAGAAUAUUGCUGGAUAUUAAGGAAUAUACAUGGCAUGAUUUUUAAAAAUUUAUAUAUGUAGUCAUUUUUAACUAUUUUUUCACCAUAUUGGCUAUAAAUUUUUUAAUAUUUUUUCAUCCGAAUUAUUUUAUACAACUGUUUAAGGAGUUUUCUUUGUUAAACUGUUUCGUUUUUUCUACAAUUAAUUUUACUGUUUAUAUUUUUCGUAUAUUAAUCCUUUAGGAGUAAUUUUUAUACAUUAGUAUUUGUCUAUUGUUUUGUAAGUUUGUAUUUUAAUUCAAAUAAA